CCACCCUGACUCCAACCAAAAUGGCUUCACGCCACCUCCUCUCUCUCCCCCACCGCUCCCUCAAAUCCCUCCGCCCCUUCUCCCACCACCUCCCCCGCUCCAUCCACCUCUCCACCCACCCUAACUCCGACUCCCUCCCCUCGCCACCCCCUCCCAACUACAUGCUCUACGACCGCCUCGCCGAACAAAUCAAAUCCAAGCUCGCCCGUCUCGACCACCCUGACCAAAGAUUCCUCCAGCACAACUCCCCUGUCCCGUGCCGUGCUGAUCACGCUUCCGCAUUGUCAUUCCCCGAGACAAAGAUCACUACUCUGCCUAGCGGCAUUCGUGUGGCUACCGAGUCGAAUCUUGCUUCCCCGACUGCUACCGUUGGGGUGUGGAUCGAUGCGGGGAGCAGGUACGAGACGGAUGAGGCCAAUGGGGUGGCGCAUUUUCUGGAACAUAUGAUUUUUAAGGGGACGAAGAGUAGGAGUGUGAGGAAAUUGGAGGAGGAGAUUGAGAAUAUGGGGGGGCAUUUGAAUGCGUAUACGACGAGAGAGCAGACGACUUAUUUUACCAGGGUUAUGGGGAAAGAUGUGGCGAAGGCUCUGCAGAUUCUGGCGGAUGUUCUGCAGAACUCUGUUUUUGAUGAGAAUCAGAUUGAUCAUGAACGGAAUGUUAUUCUACGUGAAAUGGAUGAGGUGGAGAAGAGCCCAGAAGAAGUUGUUUUCGACCAAUUGCAUGCGACUGCUUUCCAGCAUAGUCCAUUGGGUAGACCAAUUCUUGGCCCUGUUGACAACAUUAAGAAAAUAACGAAAGGAGAUAUUCAGAAGUACAUUUCAGACCACUAUGCUCCUCACAGAAUGGUUGUAUCUGCAUCCGGGGCUGUUAAGCACGAAGAAGUUGUUCAGCAAGUAAAACAACUGUUCAAUAAGCUAUCAAGCAAUGCUGACACCACUUGUCAGUUGGUUGCUAAGGAGCCUUCCAGAUUUACUGGUUCCGAGGUUCGGAUUCACGAUCUUGAGGAUCCCCUUAUACGAUUUGCAGUUGCAGUCGAGGGGGCAUCAUGGACAGAUCCCGAUUCUAUUGCUCUUAUGGUAAUGCAGAGCAUGUUGGGGUCAUGGAACAAAAAUGCGGGAGGAGGAAAACACGUCGGUUCACAACUUGUAGAAAGGAUAGCUAUAGAUGAAAUUGCAGAAAGCAUGAUGGCUUUCAACACCAAUUACAAAGAUACUGGAUUAUUCGGCAUCUAUGCUGCUGCAGAGCCAGAAAGCUGUGAUGAUUUAGCUUAUUCGAUUAUGCAUGCAAUGACGAAAUUAUGCUACAAAGUUUCAGAUGAUGAUGUUAUUCGUGCAUCUAAUCAGCUGAAAUCAUCUUUGCUUCUCCACCUUGAUGGUACUAGUGGGACUGCUGAAGACAUUGGCCGUCAGCUAAUUACAUAUGGCAGAAGAAUUCCAUAUGCUGAAUUAUUUGCCAGGAUUGAUGCAGUGGAUUCAAGCAGAGUCAAACGCGUCGCAAAACGUUUUAUUGAGGACAAGGAUAUCGUAAUAGCAGCCACUGGGGAUCCCCAGAACACUAUAUUACCUGAUUACAACUGGUUCCGUCGCAGGACUUACUGGACACGCUAUUAGUUUCCUAUUUUUGGCUUGCACUUUGCCACUUUUGGCCAUUCUAUUCCAUCAGAGGAUCUGUGCAUCUUUUAAAUGCCUCUUACUUUUAAGCAGAGUGCAUAGUGUCCUUUGGAUGUGCAGGAAAAAAUAAAUCUUCAGUCAUGGUAUUCCUAUAACCCUUAUGAGUUUUAUAUAUAGAUAAUCAAGCAACAUAAUCCUUUACAAAGAGCAGGAUUUUAUUCCCUGAGUUGUUAGAAAACAAACCAAAUCAUCGAAUGAUUUUGGCUAUUUCCAUCUGGUUCACCCCUGUAAACUUUUUCCAAUACCAACGAGCUGUUUAAUUUGUCAUUAUCAAUAUGAUUUUGAUUUUGAUAUAAGUUGCAACAAUAUCGAUGUUUUUUCAAUAUAACCCUCUAAUUCAUGUUA